AUGGCAUCAGACGACUACGUCUUCACGCGGGACUAUAUCGACAAUAACCGGAUCAACCUCCUGCACGGCCUGUGGACCAAGACCUGGGGCUACGUCCUCCAUCCGAGGAUCCCAACGGACAAGCCCGAUCUACGUGUGGCCGAUGUAGGCACAGGCACCGGUAUUUGGCUCUUCGACGUCCGCGAACAACUGCCGCCGUCCGCGCGCCUCGAGGGCUUCGACAUCUCCUUCGACGCCGUGCCGCACGCCGCGACCCUGCCCUCCAACGUGUCGUUCCGCCACUGGAACGUCAAGGAGGACCUGCCCGAGGACCUGGUCGGCGCCUUUGACAUCGUGCACGUGCGGUUCCUGGCCUUUGUCGUCCUGGACGAGGAGAUCCGGGCCGUGGUGGACCGGCUCUUCAAGAUGCUCAAGCCCGGCGGCUACCUCCAGUGGGGCGAGCCCGACCUGACGACCCUGCGCGUCGACAAGGCCGGCGACGACGUCGCGGCGGACAGCGUCGCGGCGCUGUUCGGCCUGUUCGGCACGCAGCAGGGGGACGCGCGCAUGAGGCCCGGCUGGUGCGCGCAGCUGGGCGAGCACUUCUCGGCGGCGGGCUUCGCCGACGUGGCGGCCGACCGGCUCGAGCCGGCGCCGCACUGGUCGUACGUGUUCCACGAGGCCGGGCUCAUGAUGUUCGAGCUCAUCAUCCCGCGCAAGGAGGCGGGCGGCGAGGCGAUGCGGCGCGAGGUGGAGCGCCUGCUGCCGCUGGCGGUGGCGGAGACGAGGCGCGGCGCGUGGGUGGCGUCGGUGAGGGUGUCGGUCGUCGGGAGGAAGCCUGCGGUUUGA